AUGGGUUCUGUGCUUUCCCUCUCUGUUAAUAACGCUGCCUCCAGGCAGAGGAAGAAGGCUGAGGAUGACGAUGAUGACUUACUUGAUAGCCGAGACCGUGUGGAAGACAUUGCCAAGUUUCCAUAUGUUGAAUUCACAGGUCAGGACAGCAUCACCUGUCCCACUUGCCAAGGCACUGGCUGCAUUCCCACAGAGCAGGUAAAUGAGUUGGUGGCUCUGAUACCCUACAGUGACCAACGGCUUCGUCCACAGAGAACGAAGCUGUACGUCCUGCUGUCCGUGCUGCUCUGCCUGCUGAUAUCGGGGCUGGUGGUUUUCUUCCUGUUCCCACACUCUGUCCUGGUGGAUGACGACGGUAUUAAAGUGGUUCAGGUUUGGUUUGACAAGAAGAACUCCGUUGUCAUUCUUGCCAUCACGGCCACCUUGCGGAUCAGGAACUCCAACUUCUACUCGGUGACGGUGACCAGCCUGACUAGCAAGGUGCAGUACAUGAACACUGUGGUGGGAACGCAGCAGAUCACCAACGUCUCCAGCAUCCAGCCCCUGAGCGACAAAUUGGUGAAUUUCACUGUGAAGGUGGAGCUGGGUGGACCCUUCUCCUAUGUGUAUUUCUUUUGCACGUUUCCCAAGGUGAAGGUACAUAACAUAGUGAUCUUCAUGAGGACAUCGGUGAAGCUCUUGUACAUCGGGCACGUGACGCAGAGCGCUUUGGAAACGUACCACUACGUGGACUGCAGUACCAACUCCACGGCUGCCCAGGACCCCCUGCCUCUGCUGUCCCCCUCGAUAUUUUGUUUGCUGGCAGCUGAGGCCACCUACAGCAAACCGAUACCAAAACACCGCUGUCUUAAUGAAGACAGCCUCAUUUUUCUGGAACUCGAUCGCUACAGCUGCCCUCGUUUCUUCUCUGCCUGCACCUACACCUUUCUCCGGCUGUUGGAUGCGAGGUUAUGUGAGUGUGUGUGUGUGGAAACAAAGCGCAGGGAACGGGGGGCCAAGAAACUCAAUCAGGGAGUGGCGAAGCACCUCCAUUCCCGCCUGGGACCAGUGAUUCCAGUGGCUGUCAUGCUGCGCAGUCUCUGGUGA